AAAAAAAAAAGUUGGAGUCAAACCCGACUUAGUGGGUUCCAGUGGGCUUAGCGGUGGCUUCCAGCGCUCUGCCCCUAGAACCCACCCCCUAUGGCGCCUGCUAGGCAGCUGAAGCCCCUGUGGCUAGGCUACCUCGCCGGCGUCGGCUCGAAAUCUGACCAAGUCCGAACGGUGCGUGCGUGCCGGGAGAUGAGUUUGGUGGUCGUGAGUCGAUUUUUUCGAUUCCCCAUACAAAUGAAUUUUCCGGCACGGCCAAACUCGCACCGGAGCCCACCAGAGCGUGCUGGCGGGUGAGACGAUGUCGGAGGGACUAUGAGAGGGCACACGAAAACCGUGGGAAGUCGGGGCUUGCCCUGGCCCCCAGCGGUGGUGUGCCCUGUGGCUCUUAGGGGGGGCUGUCUGGCUUGCCGGGCACCUCGUUCCUAGGCGUAAACUUCCGCUGAAAACUUGUUCCUUUCUCUGCUCUGUUUCGGGCCCUAGGCCUGAUUCAUCCUUGUACAGCGCGUCCUGCGGCCACUGGUGGACCCUUCAUCGGGAUAGCCAGUGGUCCCCUUCGGGGUAUAAAGUGGUUGAUGCGGGCCCGGCCCUCCUUAAAUGUGAGGUUGAAGGGUCUCUGGGGGGUCACUUAUCCGGGGGUGGAACCUAGGAGCAUACAGGGGUGUAAAGCUUCCUCGAUCUGUGAGUCUCCUUCUCACACUAACCUAAAAAGGCAGAUAUACCUACGGAGGUAUUUAAAAACACCGGAUCUUUCAGAGGGUGGCUGAAACAGAACCUAAUGCACUCGGACCUGGAGGCCCCUAAGGCCUAUCCAUCUCAAAAACAAUUUCUGCUUAAGCGACGUAUGGUGACAAAUUCUGAUAACAAAGUUUUGCGCCUGGACCCCAGACCCACACAGUUUUCAGAAAAGCUCUAUUGCAUUUUGCCAAGACUUUUGACCCACAUCUGACCCACAGAGGGACCACUUGACAACUGAGGAACCGCACAGAACAAAGCAGAGAACCCCAAAGAGAAGAAACUUUGAUCAAUUGAGACAAUGGCAUCCGACGAGUCUAAAGCGAGGCGCAAGCAGAAGAAGAAGGACAGGGCGAAAGCGAAAGCCGAGCUGAUGUCCAAGGUGACGAAGAAGAAGGCCAAGGCCAAGGAAUCUUCAGAGCCGGAGCAAACGCUAGUCAAGAAGACCAAGGUGCUGAAGAUCAAGGCGGGAGACGACAAGCCUGAGCCGAAGAAACCAUCGACAAAGGCUAUCACCUCCAUACGCCUGCAGGCAAGCGACAGAAAGAAACUGUCAGAACAAGACCGGGCAAUCUUCAUUGCCUUACCGGAGGGAUCCAAACUCACCAAAGCCCAGAAGGCCUUGGAAAUUCGCCAACAUGUUGCCAGCGGAAGAGCCAUCAAUGAUAUUCAGACUGUCAUGGCGCCAGCCAAUAGCUACGUCGUCCUAAUCUACAAGACGACAAAAGCGAGGGACUCGGCACUGAAGUACUUGAAGAAGGAAACUUUCAGACUUGAGGACACUCCGACUGAGUUGCAUAUUGAAAAGUUUGGGGCGGAUCACACGGGGGCAUCGACGAAUACAGCUUGGUUUAUGAAUCUGGGCUUUGAUGAAGACGCGAAGGAUCUCUAUGACGCCAUACUCAAGAGACUACUGUCGAAAGGCAUGCCUGUCUCCCACAUCCCGGCCUUUGAGAUCCGACAAGUCCGAUCGGUUGGGAUACCAACCGAUAAAUUCAUCAUACUCUGGCAAGGGAAGGCGCCAGCAUGGAUCGGAAAACACCUCCUGGUCAAUGACGUCAACCGCCUGGUGUCCCAAGAAGGCAAGCGUUCCUGCAAGCUAUGCCUCGAAAAGGGACACACGGCGGCUGAGUGCAAAUCGACCAGCACAUCUGAAAGCCUUUCCCAGCCAAAAGUGACUUGGGAGCCAGACAACGAGGAGCGAGCACAGGAAUUGGAGAACCUGCUUGUGCGAGAGAAAUGGCACAAAGUCAUCGACUCGGAGGGAAUCGAAACCUGGAGGCACCCCAGUGCCCCAAGCCCUGGCGACGUGGAACUCAUGGAACUCGACCCAGCGGAAUCAGAUGGCUCCGACGACACAGAGCUGAAGAGGCAACAAGUUGGGAAGCAAAUCGACCGCCUGACCGGAAAGGGAAAAGUUGAAUACGCAAAACUCCACAACAGGCUCGCCAAAGAGUACAACCCCGAUUCUGGAAAACUUGAGGAUACCCCGGCCAAGGAUACCGACAAAGAGAGCGAUGACGAAGAGAAAGCGCCCAAGACAAAGCGCAAAACGUCGCGCAGAUCAUCUCUUGCUGCAUCAACCCAGGGAGACGACGUCGACAACCAGGAUCCCAGCGAACCGCCAAAGAAGAAGAGCAAAAAGACUGGAUGAAUGAGAGCGACAGACACGACAAACAGCAAAGCGCUGGAAAGGCCGACCUAGAUUGCAACCCUGGCCUUAGAUAGUACCUUUUAGGAAGAGUCUUAAUACAAAACUACAUUCUCUUCUCU